UCUCUCUCUCUCUCUCUCUCUCUGUGUGUGUGUAUAUUUAUGUAGAUUCUAAAAGUCUUUUAAGAAUUUCACAUACUAUUGAUAAAAUGUUUUUAAGAAUUUCAAUUGAAUACACCCCUCGGCAAUCAAGUUUGGAGUGAGAUAUAUUUCCUAUUGACUUUAGGCAAACAGAAUCUUUAAAGCAAGCACUUCAUAGUGAUUUCUGCGGCCACCAUUAUCUUAUAUAAUCCAAAUGCCUUCUUCUUUCGCUAACAAAAUACAACUAUGUAUAUCUUUUUCUUUGUGUUAAUAUUCUAGUCACUGAAUGGACUGGUGGACUUUAUAUAUCUCCAACAAUUGCUGGGAGCAGGCCUGGUGGCCUGAUUGCUGGGGCUUGGGCAGCAAUGAUGUCUCUUGGUCUAGAAGGUUAUUUGGAGAACACAAGGAAGAUUAUGGAAGCUUCAAAGCGAAUAGAAAAAGGCUAUGCUUAUAAUCAUGAUGGCCUUAAUAACAGAGUCCGGGAGAUUUCAGAAUUGUUCAUUAUUGGAAGGCCAGAUAUGACAAUUGUGGCUUUUGGAUCUGACAUUAUGGACAUAUUUGAAGUGAAUGAUAUUAUGUCAUCAAAAGGAUGGCAUUUGAAUGCUUUACAGAGGCCUAACAGCAUUCAUAUCUGCGUGACCCUUCAACAUGUGAGUGUCGUUGAAGAUUUCCUGAGGGAUCUGCGAGAUUCUGUGCAAACUGUUAAGGAAAAUCCGGGUCCAAUUAAUGGAGGACUUGCUCCGAUAUAUGGUGCUGCUGGGAAAAUGCCAGAUAGAGCUUUGGUUCAAGAUUUGCUUGUCGAUUUCAUGGACAGUGCAUGCUAAUGCCUACUUUAUUCAUGUUGCUCGGCUUUCUUUGUUCUAUUUUCAAUAUAUUCUUUAUUGGGGAUCUUUACCAAAUUGACGUUGGACCUUUCCUUUUUUUUUUUUACGAUAGACUAUUAAUUAAUUGACACAAAUAUUUACAGAUUAGAAUAGUUCAAGACAACUGAAUCAACCAUCUACUAAACUGGAAUACUCCGAGGUAGCAAUCAUCUACNCUAAUAGAAUACU